AUGUCCGUCUACGGCCACGAAGCCUCGUCCGGCCAGCCCCUCAUGUUCAUUGGAGCUUUCAAAGAAGCCCUCCAGCAGAUGUGCGUGGAGGAGAUGAUAGCUCUCACUCAGAAGGUCAAGCAUGACUCUGUCAAGUUCACCGUGGACAAAUUGCUCCAGAUGGAGGAAGCUGCGUGGGAAGCCCGCAAUGCUAUCGUGUCGGCGCUCAACCUCGGCAGCAUUCAGCUUGCGGAGGCGCUUGAGAAGCUCGAUCGCCACGACAAAGCACAGAUGGUCAACAGGGUUAGUACUGUGAUUGGACAUGCUUACGAAGCGGAUGUAGAGUUGGAGGUCGCUACAAAGCUGAGGGGUGAGCUUGACUUCUUGGGUCCCCAGAAGGAGUACGAAGAGGAGAUGCGCAAAGAGAAGAGCGGAUGA